CGGCUUUUCUGUAUUGAUAUCUAAAAGAUGAGCCAAGAGAACGAACCUCUUCUUGGAGCUAGUCAAAGCGACUAUAAGCCCGUGACAUUCUGGUCUUCAUUCAAGGCCACAGCCAAGUCCUCGAAAUUCAACUGGCUGUUGAUCUUUGUACCCAUUGCAAUCGUUGUAUCCACCAUGGAUGUGGCUGAUACUGUUGUUUUCUCGCUUAACUUCAUUGCCAUUAUCCCUCUUGCCAAGUUACUUGGUUUUGCCACUGAAGAAUUGGCCUUGCGCUGUGGUUCCACAUGGGGCGCACUUCUCAACGCCACCUUUGGAAACGCCGUGGAACUUAUUCUUGGCAUCAUUGCAUUGAAAGAAGGAUUGAUUCGCGUCGUACAAGCCUCCGUCCUCGGUUCAAUCUUGUCCAACAUCCUCUUGGUCUUGGGUUUCUGCUUCUUGAUGGGUGGAGCUCCCCGUUCCGAGCAGACUUUUAACAUUACUGCUGCCCAGACAUCUUCCUCUCUCCUUGCUUUGACUACCCUCUCUUUGUUGGUCCCUGCUGCCUUUAGCGCCAGUGCCAUCAACGAUAGUGAUGGAGGAGAGGCUGGUAUUCUCAACAUCAGUCACGGAACUGCCAUUAUCUUGUUGAUUGUCUACGUUUUGUUUUUGAUCUUCCAGCUCAAGACCCACACCCACCUGUAUGAAGAUGAAGUUGAUGAGGCCGAAGUUCCCACCACCACCCUUAGCUUUUCCGUUAUUUCCUUGAUCACAAUUGCUGCAUUUGUCUCUCUCCACGCAGAAUUCUUGGUGGGGGCAAUUGAGGGAGUUGUCACUCAGUGGGGAAUCAACGAGACCUUUGUCGGUAUCAUCCUUUUGCCUUUGGUCGGAAAUGCUGCCGAGCAUCUUAGCUCAGUUACCUUUGCCAUGAAGGACAAGAUGAACCUCAGUAUCGGUAUCGCCAUCUCUUCUUCCCUCCAGAUCGGACUUUUGGUCACCCCUGUAUUGGUUAUUAUUGGAUGGGUCAUUGGUCAGCCCAUGACCCUUUUCUUUGAGAACUUUGAGACCAUCAUCCUCUUUGCCAGUGUCAUGAUCGUCAACUACCUUAUCCAGGAUGGUCGUUCCAACUGGUUCGAAGGCAUCAUGUUGUUGGCUUCAUAUGCUAUCAUUGCUUUGGCUUUCUACUUCCACCCUUAAAACAAGUGAAAAGUGAAAAAAAAAAGGGAAUUUAUUAUAAUCAAUAGUCUGAUACCAAUAAUAUAUAUAUAUAUAUAUAUAUAUUUCUAUUCUUUGCAAAAUUCAUUUACAUAUUUUUACCACAAAAUCAUUAUUUUUUGAAUGAAAAUAUAAUAAUAAAAAAACUUUAAGCUUUGAUAAUUAC